ACAUAAACAACGGCCUUGUGAUAUCACAGGUCUCGAAAUAUAAAUGUGCCACUUGGAGCUUUUGAUGCAAAUGAGGCUAUUUCCGAAAUAAAAGUGACUAAAGACAGGUGUGUGAGAUUCUGUUUGAGAUCCGCACCACUCAGCAUCAAACACCCCCACUUAUAUAUUUUUAAAGGAUUUAAAUGAUGAUUAUAUGCAAUGAUCAAAUAAAAUGUUGCAUUAAAACAAAAAAUACCCUGAGAAAAUAAACUAAUAAAUAUUAUUGUGAACACUGAUCGUUUGAGUCUCAGUUAACUUGGCUUCUGAUUUAUAAGAAUGGCCGAGGACUCUUUCAAUUAAAUCUAUAAUUAUAAUUGAAUUUAUUUCAUAUUCAGCUUUGUUAUAUCUGCAUCCACUGUCCUAAUAACUUGACUUCAGCAGAUGUCCCAAUUGUUCUGAUGACAAACAUGGCUGCUGUCCUAUGCCACGCCCACCACUUCAAUAAUUCUUAAAAACGACCUAAAUUUGAUCCAUAAAACGCAAUAUUAAUUUUUUUGACAUGACUACUUAUUACAUAAGAUAUUUAAAAUGUGUCAUGGCUUGUAAAACCUCAUUUGAGCCUUCAGUCUCACUGCAAAGUUGAAAUAGUGCUUCUAAGUGAGACUCCAACCACCAACACCAAAAUGAUGAUAAAAUGUUAAAAAUAUAUAUUUGCUUGAUGUCAAAGUGUGAAAUAACUUAACCUUCUAUUAAAAGAGAUGUUGUUAAAUGCACUUUAAUAGCGAAUAUCACUCAGAAAUAAGUCUUUUUACGAAGCCUUUGAAUAUUCAAAUUGAAAGUAUCGCGCAAUCAAAUCAUUGUCAAAUCAUUGAGUUCUUGGGGUUUUAAAUAGUAGGGAUGAGGGGAGAAAAACUCAAACUAAAAUAUCCCUAGCUAUAUUACUGUAUAAUUGUAUGUCCUGAGAGUGUUUUGAGCUUACUUUAUUGAGACUUUUUAAGACUUUUGUGAAUAAUUCGUUCUUGCCCAUACAACAGAGCAAAGAAGUGAAGUUGGGGUAUUUUACUGUAGCUCUUCCAGAGAUUUCCUCCUUUUCAGACCAAUAUGUCUGCAGAUAAACCCAAGGUUUACCAGGGUGUGCGUGUGAAGACCACUGUUAAGGAGUUACUGCAGAAGCACAGAGCCCUGCAGGCACAGAAAACCGCAACGAAAUCCCAAGCCAUGGCUGCUCGCGAUGUCUGCUCUACGACCAUGAAUACCCACCUUGAUGUCUUUGGAAUGCAAGCUCCAGAGCCCUAUUUUCACACACGUCCCUUUACCGAAAAUGUCAAUGUCCCGAUGGAAAAUGCUUAUGAUCAUCAACAGAUGAUGCACCUGAUGCCACAUGAGACUUUCAGCGGCAGUGAUUUCGUGUGCCCCACUUCUUCGCAGUGGUCGAAUGGAUAUAUACCUUCUAAUACGGACCUCUAUAGUACUAGCAUGGUAUCGAGAUCAUCCUCAGAUUCCUUCAAUCUCUCAAGUCCAGUCGACUACAACAGUUACUCUCCCCCUCAGUCCAACUCCUCAUCUUCUUCGUGCUACAGCUCUCCAACGCGGAUGGAUUUGAGCUCCAGUUACUCUCCAGAAAAUUUCCACUACCAGCAUUGCAACUUACAGAAUUGCUUUUGUCUUUCGCAUUGGUCCAAUCUGCAGGAAGGCAUGGCAACUUCGGAGUUUGCGCCCUAUGGCUCUUCAGACUGUUUGUAUUCAUAUGGCAACGACAGUUAUUUCAGAAGGGAUACUUCAAACUCAGAGAUGUGUUACUUAUAAAAUGUAUUUUGAAGCUCUUUGCGCGAAAAUUCAGUGUCAUAAUUGAUUUAUUUGAAUGCAUUUGUUGUAUUUUUGUUUAGAUAAAAGAACAAGCAGUGAUUGAAUGAAUGAUUUACAAAUUACUCAUUUAUCUUUUUUACAAUAAACUUUUUUUUCGUAAUUA